AUGUCAAAAUAGAGAUCUAAGUAAUAGCAACCUGAUUAGUCUGGCCCAGAAAAGCAAAGCUCUGCUUAUCGUAAAUUUUGUGAUUAAGAACUCGUUUUACUUUAAUAACAAUAUCCUAAAAGAACAACUGAAGAACUUAUUAAAUUGAUCAAUCUAAAAUGGUUAGUGAAAGAGAAAGAGAAAAUCAAUAAUAAAAAAUACUUCUAAUAAAAUGGUUUUGUGAUCAUAAAUGAUAAUGAAAAAGUCCCUGUACCCUAACCUCCUCCUCCUGUGAUGAUAAUGUUUAAUAAUUUAUAAUGUCUACUAGCUUCCAAAAACAAAUGAGAUAACAACUUGAGAUGACCCAUCCUGAGUACAAUGGAACAUAGAUAGAUCGCACUAUUAAAUUCGAAUGGGGUUCAAAUUCGGCCUUAAAAGAGAAAGCAGCUGAGGAAUAUAAAAAGUUAAGACAAGUUAAUUAGUAUAAAAUAUGAAUAGGAAUUUGAAAACCAAAAGAAAGAAUUCAAAAUUAAAUAUGGUUUCUGGCCAUAGCAUAAAAAGCAUUUAGGUGAGUAAGGGAAUUAGAUCCAUCAUUCCAGUUAAUAGGCAAAUCCAUUGGCUUGCUUGCUCAACAAAAAAGUUAAAUAAGAAUGAG